CAGGGUUAAUUAUGUCUACGCUGAAGCCCUGGACUGGAUCACCUAUCUGGGGUGUUCCAUGUCUGUUGUGGGCUUGGUUAUCACAAUAGUUUUUUAUGUCAUGACCAGGAAAUCCGGUAACAGCAGCCCAGCAGUCCUGAUGGUGAGCCUCUGUGUCAGUCUCCUCAUCUUCACCCUCCUCUUCCUGCUGGGGAUCGACAACACCAACCCACAGUCCCAUGAACCUGAAGACAAGGAUGCCAAUGUCAUGCCUUCCUCUGACAAGCACGUCGACCCAGACGACGGACCCUGCACUGCCGUGGCAGUCUUACUGCAGUACUUCCUGAUGGCCACCUUUGUCUGGAACUCUCUCUAUGCCUGUCACAUGUUCCUACUGCUCUGGAACCCCCUGAGGAGACCCCCAUCCUACCUCCCGACUAUCACCGUGGUCACUGGAUGGGGAGUUCCUGCUGUUCUUGUUUCCAUCACAUUGGGAGUCACCUACAGAGUGGACAAUCCAUUAAACUACCGACAGGAAGAAUUUUGCUGGCUUGCUGCUGUAAACCCAGAGGGACAGUUUGACUUUGCAAAGCCAAUGUUCUGGGGGUUCCUCAUCCCAGUGGCUCUAAUUAUGAUCUUUAACACAGUUAUCCUAUGCUAUUUUAGCUACACAACAUGCAGGACAGACCCGGAAUUAACCAGCACCACACAGUCCUCCAACAAGAAAAAACUUCUGAGUAGUUUCUCAUUAGCAGUGGUGUUGGGUCUCUCCUGGGUAAUAGGCUACCUAAUGCUCGUCAUACCAAACAAGAACAUGCACUUCAUCCUGAACAUCGUCUUCUGCCUGUGUACCACCACACAGGGACUUCAAAUCUUCAUUCUGUUCGUAGCAAGAACGUCCAAAUUCAGGCAAAUUAUAUUGGAUCUUCCUAUCGGCCGCCCUGUCAAAGGUUUCACUCUAUGGAAACACAAAGCCAGAAAUAACAUCGAUUCAUACAAAGAACUGGAUGCAUACAGCUCUAGCCAGUCAAAACUGGUUGUUUCAGAAGAGACAGUAUUAGACCGCCAAUUAUAAGGAAUACCGCUAAACCUCUCUUUCCUCCAUCAUCACUGUUGGAGCCAUUAUACAACUUUGUUUUGUUUAUAUACCACAUUGGUGAGGCUAAUCUGCAGUUUUAUGUUUGAGCACUUGGUGGAGCAUUGCCUUUGGGAAGGCAUAUACCGGUAGGUAAUUAACAGCCAGGGAUACACAGGUGUGUGGCUAGGUGGAAAAGCAUACAGCUUUUCAC